AUGCGAGUCGCUAGCCACCUACUUCUCUCUCACCGCUGGCUGCCCUACUCCCACCGAUCCCUGUGCAGCAGCCUUCCAGGCCUCUCAACCCCGAACUGGACUGCUCCAGUGGCCAGCGAGAGCGGAGAGCUGCCAGACCCUCCGCUCCUUUGCAAUGCCCCCCUCGUUCAUACAUGCCCCUUCUCCAACAGACUCCCAAGGCCAGCCUUCACUUGCAUCCCAUGUUCUUCUCUUCCCCUCACCCAUGUUUUGGUCUUCCCUUUCUGUUGUUCCCUCCCCUGCUUCAUCCUCUCGUCCUCCCGUCCACCAUCCUCCCAUCAGGGCGACACGUGUGAGUCACUAGCAGCCUACUUCUCUCUCUCCACCGGCUGUCCUUUUCAAGUUCCCACUUGUGCAGCAGCCUUCCAGGCGCUCAACCCCAGGCUGGACUGCUCCAGCAGCAGCGGGGAGCUGCCUGGCAGCCAGGCGGUGUGUGUGGAGCGGCGGGCGGAGAGUGCAGCGGCGCUGCUCAUCCCGGUGUGCUCGCAGUUCUAUCUGGUGCAGGCCGGGGAGACGUGUGACCAGAUCCGCUCCGUGCCCUCCCCGCCGCUCUCCCCUCUCGAGUUCUUCCGCCUCAACCCCGGCAUCAAGUGCAGCCGCCUCGUGCCCAAGACUGAUGUCAGUAGCAUCACAGGCUUCGAGUUUAACCAGACCCUAGCUAUGCGCUUCAAUUUCCACCUAGUGUAA